AUAUAUCCAUUCAUAAAUCCAGUAUCCAGCUCAAACUUAUGGUCAUUUUUCUGUUCAAAUCUAAUAAUAAUAUCACAUCUGGGUCCCACAUAACUCCUCCAGGGCCAAAUACUUGACUGGUUUUCCAGUUUAUAACGUUGCCAUUUCUUCCUCCCAUCAUAUUCUUUUUUUCUGGAUGCUUUUUGCAUGACAAUCUUCUUAUUUCAAAUCCAUUUUAUAGCUUCAACUCUCAUUUUAUCCUAAUAAGUUGUAUGAAGAACAAUGUUUUCAAAGUUUGCAUUCUCUCAACCCGCCUGCUUCGCGUAUUCAACAAAUAACAAACAACCAUGCCAUGUAAGAGCUCGUCGUGAUUUGAUCUGCAGAGUGGAAAUGCAGGCAACACCUUCUGUAACAGGAGUAGAAUUCAAAGAAGAAGAAGAAGACGGUUUAACAACGAGGCCGCAAUCACGAAUUGUUCCUCAUUUAGAUACAUCAACAGAGAAAUCAGAGCUUCAGUUUAACAAAAUGCAGCAAUUAGAUACAGAGAUUAGCCAAGAAAGCAGACAUUUUGGGGUGUUUGUGGCUCGAGAAGCUGAGCUUGAUGAAGAAUAUUGGACAGCAGCUUGGCUUCGUGCAGAAACUCACUAUGAAGAUCGACCAAAUGAAAGAUAUGCUGAUAGCUACAAGAGGCAAUUCGCAGACCAGGAGUACAAUGCUUUAAAGAGGAGAUGCAGAGGAUAUCAUGGCCAACAAUCUACAUGUAUCAUCGCGGUUAAGAAGGAAGUAAAGAACGUGAAGCAUACCGUACUCAAAAGCGUGGUAGGAACUUUGGAUUUCAGUAUCCGGUACUUGUUGCAAGGGGAAUCAUUUCCUGGGGAAAGAGUUCAGGCACCUUUAUUCAGUAACAUUAAGAGAGAGGAGUCAAGCAGAUACGGCUAUAUUGCUAAUGUAUGCGUUGCAAAAUCAGCUCGCCGCAAGGGGAUUGCCCUCAACAUGUUGAAGUUUGCUAUUGAAUCUGCAAAAUUAAAAGAUGCAGAAAUGAUAUUUGUCCAUGUACAUAGAAAGAAUACACCAGCUCGAGAAUUGUAUCAAAAAUUGGGAUUCGAGAUAGUCGAUGUUGCGAGCCUGCAGUUAGUAGAAGAGCAGAUGUAUCUUCUUUGUUGCAAGACAUAGAACAGAAUUGGACAGGAAUUCAUCUUCUUCACCACCUACAUAUUUAGAUUUAACUGUAUUCAUUAUAUCAUACAAGCAAGUGUACAUGAUUCUCUGUCACAAUAUUCCUUAGCUCACACAAUAAGUUUACCAGCUAUGAAAUCGUUUUCAUACAUUUUAAUGCCUAAACAUUCUGGAAUUACUUGUGAUAAGUGGAGUACGAGCGGUUUCAGAAGCAGAGAAUUGAAACAUACUGAUCGAUGAGAAAGACUGAGGACUGCAGAAAUUAUCAAGUCAAUGACAAAUGAGAUGUAUGUAAGAGGCGUAAUUAUAUUAGAUCAAUCAUUUAACAAGUUUGUUUCUAUGUCUUCUAA